UUGAAAAUUGUGUGGUGGGGGAGGCGCUGUGGAAAAGUUAAACAGUUCCUUCCUUCUUCCUUUGUUGUAGAUAUUUAAUACGUUUGCUUUACUUGAUUUGUGUGCAUUUAGCAGUUUUGACCUGAAAAUGAAAAAUGAAAGCAGUGAGGGUCAUGAAGCUGAAGAGUAUGUCGGACUUGCGGAUUUUGUGGCUGAAGGAGAUGAGCAGCUUAGUUUCUCAGUUGGUGAUAAACUGCUGGUCCAUGACAGGAGUUCAGACGUGUGGUGGUGGGCUGAACUGCACGGUCACUUUGGAUAUGUCCCAUCCAGCUAUUUGCACAAAAGAGUAGAGGAUGUAGAAGAUGCUUGGCAAGAUGACGAAUACUUUGGCAAUUAUGGUACAUUAAGGCUUCAUUUGGAGAUGCUGUCAGAUAAACCCCGCACAGAAGCAUACAGGCAGGUGAUCCUGAGUAAUAGCGCCACCCUGAAGGGGAAGGUGGUCAUGGACUUGGGCUGUGGGACAGGGGUUAUCAGCCUCUUCUGUGCUCUUCUAGCACAACCUGCAGCGGUAUAUGCUGUGGAGGCCAGCUCAAUGGCAGAACACACUGAGAAACUAGUGAGGCAGAAUGGCUGUGAGGAAGUCGUGACAGUGUUUCAGGACCGAGCCGAGAAUCUCAGUCUUCCUGGGAAAGUGGAUGUUCUAGUGUCAGAGUGGAUGGGCAACUGCCUUUUGUUUGAGUACAUGUUGGAGUCAGUGUUGCUGGCACGUGAUCGCUGGCUGAAGGAGGGUGGAAUGAUGUGGCCGUCCUCUGCCUGUCUGACCGUCGUUCCUUGCCAGGCCUUCUCUGACUACAGGCAAAAAAUGGAGUUCUGGGAGAAACCCUAUGGCCUAGACUUCAGCUACCUACAGUCACUUGCACAGAAAGAGCUUCUCUCCAAGCCUAAAUUCAGCCAUCAUCUCCUACCUGAGGACUGUUUGUCUUCUCCAGCUGAUGUUUUCACUCUUGAUAUGGUCACAAUACAGGUCUCAGACUUAGAGAGACUCGAAGGAGAUUUCAAUUUCACUGUUGAGAAGUCAGGCAUGUUCCAUGGUUUCACUGUCUGGUUCAGUGCUCAUUUCCAGAGUUUAGAAGAGGAUGGACCAUCACUGGAGUUGAACACCGGACCAUAUUCAGAGAUCACUCACUGGAAACAGACUCUUUUCAUGUUGGAUUCCCCAGUGACGGUUGAGGAAGGGGACAUUAUAGUGGGGUCCAUACGUCUGCAAAGAAAUCCAAUCUGGAGACGUCACUUGUCAGUCACAUUUUCAUGGAAUAUAAACAGCACUGAAGUUUCUAAGGUCCAGACAAAGUGUUUUCCAAUGUGGAGGUGACCCUAAGACACAGCCAUGAACUUUAAAAGGAACCUUGUCUUUCUUUUUGCUGUUAUGCAAACAGCAGUGCAUAACACAUGAUACUACAAAUCUUAAUCUCAUAAAAGCCUUUAUAAAAGGGAUUUUCAGGCUUCAUUUAGCUAGAUACAACUGACAAGGUUAAAGUAAAAUUCACUAGAUUUUGUUAACAGGUCUAAAAAUCUAUGAAUCCAACAACUCCAGAAAAACUCAAAAUUUGUGCAGGUCUCCGUAAUUAUAUAUUUUUCUGUAUUUUUUUUUUUAAAUAUAGUAAUAAGAUGUUCUGAAUAACAAUAGAGUGGGCAAAGCCCCUCUAACUGCAUCAUCAAUGGCAGUUCAGCAUUUUCUGGAGCAACAGCACACUCUGCUAGCAGAGAUGUGUAGUGCAACUCCAGCUCAGUAUAUUACAUGGUUUUCAAUCAGGCUGGCACAUUGAAUUCUUGUGUGGGAUCAUGAACACUUUCUCUCACUGCACGCAGUGCAUAUGCCUGUUGCAUUACGAAGAAAGGCUCAUAAAUGUCGUGUUGCCACAGGUGUCAUGAUGGUCACAGAAACUGAGAUGUACUUUUAAUUUCACUAAACUGAUUGCUCACUAAAAAACUAUAUAAACAACUGCUAUCAGUCAUGUCCUAUUCAUCAGAUAUUUUAUUUACUUCCAAACUAAUGUUGUCAGCUGUGUGUGUGCACAGAAAUCUAUACUAUCAAACUAACCCAUCCAAAAAAAAAAAAAUUCCAAAUGCCACAAUGGUUCAGUUGAUGUGUAGAGAAUUAUUUGAUUGAUGUGUACAGUUUCAUUCAGCAAAAAAAAAAAAAAAAAAAAAAAAAAAAAAAAAAUCAACUGACCUGUUAUUACCUAUAAUUUAGGCAUAGACAGUGUUGGGGGUAAUGCGUUACAAGAAGGGCUGGGACAGUAAAUCGAUGCAUCGCAUUCGGAAAAUCUCAGAAUCGAAUCAGAAUCAUUUCUCGAUUUGCAAUGCAUCUAUUUAUUGACCCAGCCCUAAUUACAAGUAACGCUAGUAGUAAUCAGGUUACUUUCUCAAGUAACUAAAGCAACGCAUUACUUUUAAAUUUACAAACAAAAUAUCUGAGUUACUUUUUCAAAUUAGUAAGUUACAUCGUUUUGCCAUUUAUUGACUGACAGCUCUCCUGUCCUCAUGUUGCGAGGUGUAGAGGCAUAAACAUGAUGGUUAUUGUAGUUUUAGACCAAAUAUUAAAUAACAGAAAUAUACUUUAUGUAUUUAAUCUUCAACCAUACUAAGCAAAAAUAACUUUAGAUAAACAUCACAUUUGUUUAAUUUUUUGUUUUUAUUGCUGAAUGUUGAACUUUCUUCUCCUGCAUCCUAUGCUUCUGCAGUCUAGAAUGGCAGCACAGCUGAAAGGUUUUUUUUUCAGUUGUGCCCCCUACUGUACAGGCGUGAAUUUGCAUUUCCUUCAGAGGCUUAUUCGUUUCAGUUUUAGUGUGAAAACUAACUUACAUUUGCCAAAAAUAUAACCUUUUUUUAAAAAAUAAAAAUCAAACAAGCCCAGGUGAAAAAAAAUAAAAAAAAUAACACAAAAGUAAUGUAACACAUUACUUUCCAUAAAAACUAACUUAGUGAUGCAAUUAGUUACUUUUUCAGCAAGUAAUGCAAUUUUGUAACAUUUGUAUUGUGACAUAUUGUACUUUAAAAAAAAAAAAUUCCCCAACACUGGGCAUAGAAUCAAAAACCGUAAUAUAGGGACGAGGGGUGUAUCUUGCCUUACUUUUCAUUUAGUUCACCAACAGAAUACUAUAUACGAUACGAGUAUCUUAAAUGACAUGAUAAAGAUGCAGAUUCAGAAGGAAUUUGAAAUCUAUAGCCAAAGUAAUGACAGUGGAGAAAUGGCUACAGGUGUGUUAUGGGAUGUAGCAAAUUGCCUGUAGUUUGGGGGAGAAUUAAUGCUCUCAUUGUUUCCUGUAAAAAAAAAAAAAAAAAAAGCAAUUGGGAACAACAGCAACUCAGCCACGAAGUGGUAGGCGCACAGUGCGCAGAAGUUGCCAACUUUCUGCAGAGUCAAUAGCUACAGACCUCCAAACUUUGUGUGGCCUUCAGAUUAGCUCAAGAACAGUGCAUAGAGAGCUUCAUGGAAUGGGUUUCCAUGGCCGAGCAGCUGCAUCCAAGCCUUAAAAACAAUGCGUCGGAUGCAGUGGUGUAAAGCACGCCACCACUGGAUUCUAGAGCAGUGGAGACUUGUUCUCUGGAGUGACGAAUCAUGCUUCUCUGUCUGGCAAUCCGAUGGAUGAGUCUGGGUUUGGCGGUUGCCAGGAGAACGGUACUUGCCUGACUGCAUUGUGACAAGUGUAAAAUUUGGUGGAGGGGGGAUUAUGAUGUAGGUUUUUUUCAGGGGUUGGGCUUGGCCCCUUAGUUCCAGUGAAAGGAACUCUUAAUGCUUCAGCAUACCAAGACAUUUUGGGCAAUUUCAUGCUCCCAACUUUGUGGGAACAGUUUGGGGAUGGCCCCUUCCUGUUCCAACAUGACUGCGCACCAGUGCACAAAGCAAGGUCCAUAAAGACAUGGAUGAGAGAGUUUGGUGUGGAGGAACUUGACUGUCCUGACCUCAAACCGAUAGAACAACUUUUGGAUGAAUUAGAGCGGAGACUGCGAGCCAGGCCUUCUCGUCCAACAUCAGUACCUGACCUCACAAAUGCGCUUCUAGAAGAAUGGUCAAAAAUUCCCAUAAACACUCCUAAACGUUGUGGAAAGCCUUUCCAGGAGAGUUGAGGCUGUUAUGUCUGCAAAGGGUGGGCCAACUCCAUAUUAAACCCUACGGAUUAAGAAUGGGAUAUCAUUAAAGUUCAUGUGCACGUAAAGGCAGGCAUCCCAAAACUUUUGUCAAUAAAGUGUAUAUAUAUUAGGGGUGCAACGGUUCAGAUUACUCACGGUUCGGUUUGUAUCACGGUUUUAGGCUCACGGUUUCAGUACGGUUCAGUAUGUGCUAUGUUCAGGUAAAAAAUUACUACUGUCAAAUAAAAAUAAAGAAAAUAUGAACAAAUAAUCAAACAGCACAAAUAAAUACAUUAAAGCAAAGAUACAAAUAAAUAAAGCUCAAUGAGUGAUUUCCUUUUGUUGUUUGAUUAACAUUAAAAACACAUUCAGACAGCAGGAAUGCAAGGGCUGCUGUCUCUUUAAGACAUAGUACACGGAUCAGUACACUGAUACUGAACACAAGCGUUCUUUCUCGAGUGUACAAGUCCACUUAAGACAUAAUCGACAAUGUUUGCUAGGAUAUUCGCCAAGACGGGCAUGUUGACAUAAUUUUGUGUGAAUUUGUCCAUUCAAGCACAAGACUUGACAGAGACCUCAAUAUUUGCGCGCUGUACACGCGCUUCGGAUGAGUGCACAAAUCUUCUCACAGCGCGCGCGUAAGUACUCUUUCGCGCCUUGCACACAAAUGUUUAAAUUGGCAAGGCUUAAAUGAGUUUAGUUUAAACGCAGAUAGCAACGUGUGCUGUUCAGAUCUCACCUGCGCUCGUGCGCUAUCAACACCCGGGUGAUGACGGCAUAAUUGACUGGUCAGAUAGAGCAUACGGUACUCGCAGUGAACAAAGUUUAGGGGAAGCCAGAAUGCAUAUCUAUCGACAGAAACAUACAUUAGCCUAACUCUGUCUGUCUGUUUUAUUUAUUUUCUACAAACCAUAUUAUAGAUGCGUAUGCGUCGUCAGAUAUGAGAUGAACUGCGGUGCAAGUGCGUGCCGAACCGAGUGUGCAGAACGGUACGGUUCGGUUUUUUUUUUUUACCGAGAUCCGUUUCACCCCUAAUAUAUAUAUAUAUGUGUGUGUGUUUGUGUGUGUAUGUGUAUAUAUAUAUACUUUCCCACUGGUUAAAUUGUAUAUAUCUUUUUUUAUAUAUAUAUCUUUUUAUAUAAAAAAAGAUAAUGCACGAAUCAUUGCUUAUUUAUUUUUUACUAAGAUUUAUUUUUAAUGUACCAAUACUUUGAUAUCUUUAAUUUUAGAAUGCAAAUCAAUCAGUUACUUAUUCAAAAUGGAGCUCUGGGUUUCGCAUUGGUCACAAAGCAUACUACUACUAAUAAUUAUUAUUAUAAAUCUUAAUAACAGUUUUAAGGGUCAAGAGGGUUUGUUGUAAAUGAAAACCUGGGUCAGGUAAUACACAUUAGUCUCAACAUGUAUUUAGACUAUUAGAAUCCACUAUUAGAUAUUAAUAUAAUAAACAACAGCCGUGGUUACUAGUCCGCUAGGAUAUCUGUGAGUCUGAGGGGAACUGACUCACACAUCUAUGAAAAAUCACCUUGAGACCAAUUGUUAACAAUUAUUUAAAUAAUUUUCAGAUGCUACUUGAUUUAACAUUCAGACAAUUACAUUCAGCUUGAUGUACAUUUGAAGUGUCAAAUGUAUAUUAUCUUUUUAAGGAUUAAGGAUGGUCCAAGGCACUCGAAUCGUAUAGAAAUCAUGGCUAAAUAUUAAAACAGGUGACAAGUAGGCCUACACAGUCUGCACAUUUACGCAUUGCGGCUGUUUUUUUAUACGAUUCGAGUGCCUUGGACCAUCCUUAAUUUUACAAGUUGAACUAUCACUUGCACCCAAAGAGCACCGAGACGGAACACACACAUUCCAUGCAGCACUUCUUUGGGAUUUUUUUUGCUUUGAUUAUAUUAUCUUUUUGUUUCACAGAUUAUAUUUGCAUAUUUAUUUGUUUUAUAAGUAUAAUAUACAAUAUAAUUUGUAUAUACAAAUUAAGAUUCAAAAUCAUGGAUUAAAAUAAGGUUCAGAGUGGUCCCAACCCUGCACAUUUCGUAUGUCUCUUAUCUGACACCCAUUUGAUCUGACAAGUUGAAUCAGGUCUGUUUGAUUAGGGAAACAGUUGGGGGCGGGGUGCCUCAAUGACCAGGUUUAAAAACCACUUGUUUAAACUAUCUGCGUAUCAUAUACUAAUGAACUGAUCAUUUAUAUUAAUGAACUGGCAGAUCUACUGGACCAAUUAGAGAGUCCAGGAUUACAACUAUUCAACACAGAAGUCAAAUAUUUAUUGUAUGCAGAUGACUUACUAAUUCUAUCUAAAACACCAGAGGGUCUCCAGAACAACCUAGACAUUUUAACUAAAUACUCCCAUGACUGGACUGGACCUUGACCAGCCUGCGUGUGUGCGUAGCAUGAGUCACACAAGGAGCUGUUUUGAAGAAAGAUUUACGUGUGGAUUUAUAGUCUGUGCAUUGUUUUGGUUUCUAAAAUGGCAUAUGAAGAGGGAAAGCCCCAGUGACACUGAAUGAAGCGGACUGGAAAAACUUGAAAGUGAAACUAUAUGCAUUUGUCAGCAGCGCUGUUAUGGAAACGGAGAAAACAACACUAGGGGCCUCAUUUAUAAAGCGUGCGUACGUACAUAUUUGAUCUUAAGAGUUUUCUGUGUGUAUGUUCAUUCUGUGAAUCACACGUACGCACAUCAGAGAAAUGAGCGUAAGAUCAAAUUUAGGACGGUUUCUGCGCAACAUUUUAUAAAUGAGGCCCUAGAGGUUGCAUUUGUCGAGGAAGAGGAGCCUACGUUUGACUCGUUUGACUGGUAAGAUCGUAUAUUUCUAAAUUUAGAAGGCUAAUAUGUAUUUUUAGGUUGAAUCAUUAUUUUGAAUUGGGAAAACACAGCAACUAAACCAAUAAGCUGUUAUUUGACAAAACAGAGAAUAUGUAACACUGCUUGCGCAACAGGCCAUAACUUUGCAAACUUAAAUAAAAUUACGCAGUUGUGGUAAAUCCGCAUUUUAAUGUUAUAAAACGUAUAUUAUUGCAAAUCAAACAACUAAAUAUGGGCAUAAACACCGGUUUCUUCGUUUCAGAUUCUGAAAUGCACCACUAGCAAACCCUUGCACAGAUGGGCUCACAUCACCAGCAGACAAGUGAAGGUGAUGCACAACACAAGACCACAUAUCCAAAUGAUGCACAGCAGUGAAAUAACAUAAAUGUGGAGGAUGUGGAUCCUGUUCUAAAUUGUAAUGACAUUAUAUGAUAUUUUAUAGGUUUUAUAGAGUCUUUGUCUCCUGAAAGGAAAAUAAAACUGUAAAAUAAAUAUGUAGGCCUAUA